GGAUUGUGAAAAGUAACAUCUAUCAUAGCAGUGAAGCUGCACCACCACUCUGGAAUAAACGUGUUUUAUUACAGUUCAGGCAGAAAUGGACACACUUGGGUGACUGUGCCUCCUGCGUGUAGCGCACCAUGAGAAACGAUGACGACAGAAUGAGUGUUUGAUAUUAUUUAUAAAUUAAUUUAUUGAUAAUGGAUAACCUGUCUGGGCUGUUUGGAGAUGGAGAUCUGAGCGACCUAGACUUGGGGGGGGACUCCUUUGGGGGUCCCCCGGGCCCCACACCCGUCUCUGUAUCAGAGUUGGACCUCAACAGCUACUCACAGCCAUCAUACACAAGCAUAGGCUCAGGGGCUGGGGGGCCACCACCACAGGGCCCAGGUCAGAAGAUGAGUAUGGGUGGUGGGCCCCCUCCCUCGACACAGUCCAUGUACCCGGGCCCUGGUGCUGGUGCUGGUUACCAAUAUGCAGGAGCUCCUGGCCAGCAGCCUCCCAUGAGCCAAUACCAAGGGAGCCAGUACCCUUCAUCAUACCCUCCAUCUGGACAAGAAAUGUAUGCCCAAAGACCUGUCCAGCCAAAUCAGGGUGUCCCUACCUGGAACAACCAGCCUGAUCCAUAUAAUCAGCAUUAUCAGCAGCAGCCAAAUUACUCACAAACAGGUUUGACACCAUAUCAGAAUCAAGGUAUGACUAACAGCAGUAUUGGAGGCUCUAUGCAACAAAACAUUCCACAAAAUUACCAGGGCAUGGCUCCCCAAAGUAUGGGUCAGGGAUAUCCUCCUGGUUCUCAGGGCAUAGUUUUUCAGAGUGCACCAAGACCCCCUUAUCCUGGGUUUGAUCCCCAGAGACCAAUGGCUUCCAACUCCCCCAACAUGAGCCCCUAUGGUGGGGCUCCCCCUGCACCUGGCCAGCCUCAGCAGUAUGCUAUGAGACAGCCAUAUCAGACAGGACAGUAUCCUCAGGGCCAAGUUCCUAUUGGGGGGCAGCAGCAGCAGCAGCACCCUGGCCAACCAAUGAUGGGUGGUCCACGACCUCAGGGUGAUAUAAACCAAUACCCUGGCACUCAGGUACCUAAUGGAACACCAGGUUAUAGAACAUCAUUUUCCCAAGCUUCUCCACAAAUGUCGCCUCAUCCACAACCAUCUCCACGGCCUCAAAUGUCCCCAAUGCCCCGUAGCAUGUCGCCACAUCCUCGUCCAAACUCCAAUCUAGGCAUGACCACUCCUGUGUCUUCACCAGCUUCAAUGCCUCCAACAUCUAGUGUAUCACCAGUUCCUGCCUUAGGUGGGGGGCCAGGGUCCAGCUUGCAGCAGCUGGAAAACAUGGUGAAGCCAUCUGUUGUCGCCGGUAGAAACACACCCACCAGCCAACGCUGCACCACUCCUACCCAGCCUAUGCAGUCACCGGGGCACUAUGCUGGAUCUUCGGGAGUGCCUAGUCCAAUGGGAGGCAGAGCUCCUAUGUCUCCUGGCAUGGGUAGUAGACCCUCAAUGGGCACUCCUAUGAGUCCAGGUCUGGGUUCAACUAGGCCUCCCAUGUCUCCAGGUAUAGGACCUGUUACUACUAGGCCUCCUAUGUCUCCAGGUAUAGGGCCUGGUUCUGUGCGACCUCCCAUGUCCCCGGGAUUAGGGCCUGGAGGAGCCCGGCCCCCAGUUUCCCCACAGCAGUGGCAACAAGCACGGCCUAUGACCCAGCAAAGUUAUGUGCAACCAGGCAGCUAUUUACAACAAACUAACUUGGCAGCAGGACAGAGGCCUGCACAUCCUAUAAGCCAACAACAGUCACCUAUAUCAGCACAGCAAGGACAAGACUCUGUGUUGCCUGACAGUAUUUGUAAUGUUAGUGAUGGUAAUUUGACUCCUAGCACUAGUACAUCAAGUGUGUGUUUUUCUCAAAGUAACGGACCAGUGUCGACUCAAAGUGUCAAUAGCAAUAUAGUGAAUAGUGCAGUAAUUAGUUUAGUAAACAGUGAAUCUAUUAGUGAGAGUGUUCAGGUGCAGGCAUCGUCAGGGCCUACCACAACAUUGACAACAACAGUUAAUGGGCCCACACAAACAAUAACAGCCACACAACGUCAACAGCCCUCAGCACCCACCAACGUGCCUACAGCUUCCAGUUCCCCAGGAAGUGUGCCAACAAGUGCCAUGUCUCAAAAUGGCAUGAUGCCAAACACAGUGACUAGUAAUGGCUUGCCCCCAAAUACAAGGACGCCCAACAGUAUGUCUCCAGGCAGCCUAUCUAGUGCUUCUGUGCCAAUGGGGAUCUCUCCGUGCGGUCCCCAAGGCUCAGGAAUGAUGAGGUUCCCCAGUCCACAUGGACCUCGAAGUCCCUAUCUACAGCAGACUAUAAGUCAACCAGGGUAUAGAAUAAUAGGACCAGGGACCUAUGGUCCUCAGGGACAGGUGUCACAGGACCAGAUGACACUUGGUUCUGGCCAGCUACAACCUGGUCAAGUGGCAUCAGGUGGCCCCACUCAAAUGCAGCCUGUUGGCCCCACUCAAAUGCAGCCUGUUGGCCCCACUCAGAUGCUGCCUGGUGGUCCCACUCACAUGCAGCCUGGUGGUCCCACUCAGAUGCAGCCUGGUGGUCCCACUCAGAUGCAGCCUGGUGGUCCCACUCAAAUGCAGUCUGGUGGUCCAACUCAGAUGCAACAUGUUGGUCCCACUCAGAUGCAGCCUGGUGGUCCCACUCAGAUGCAGCCUGGUGGUCCCACUCAGAUGCUUCCUGGUGGUCCCACUCAGAUGCAGCCUGGUGGUCCCACUCAGAUGCUUCCUGGUGGUCCCACUCAGAUGCAACCUGGUGGUCCCACUCAGAUGCUUCCUGGUGGGCCCACUCAGAUGCAGCCUGGUGUUCCCACUCAGAUGCAGCCUGGUGGUCCCACUCAGAUGCAACAUGGUCCUACUCAGAUCCAUCCAGGAGGUCCUAACCAAAUGCAACUUAGUGGUCCUGGCCAAAUGCAUCCUGGUGGUCCCACUCAGAUGCAACAUGGUGGUCUCAACCAAAUGCAACUUAGUGGUCCUGGCCAAAUGCAGCAUGGUGGUCCUGGUCAAAUGCAGCAUGGUGGUCCUAAUCAAAUGCAACAUGGUGGUCCCAGUCAGAUGCACCAGGCAGGUCAGUUGACUUCCAUGGCACCAGGCCAAAUGCCUUCAAGGCCUGCUGGUCCCCCAGGUCCCACGAACCAAAUGCCCGUUGGACGUGGAGGGCCAAUGUCUACGUGUUCACCUGGUCAGGUUCCCACCACUGGUGCUGCUGGUCAAAUGGGUCCUGGCCAGAUGGGUUCUGUGGGACAGAUGGGAUCUGGGAUGCACACCCAAAAUCCCAUGGGUCCUGGAAUGACAACUGGAGGGCCCAUGGGAAUGCCACAAGGUGCUGUGGGAGGGCCUGGCAUGACACCACAAGGACCUCAUUCAAUGCAACCUCAAAUGAACUUCAGUUAUGAAAUCCAGCAGUGUCAACAACAACUACAACAACUCUACAAAAUGCCUCAGAGCGUCCAGACACAGCAAAAGAUUCAAGAGUUGCAACAGCGGAUAAACCACCUACAGCAGCAACAGACACAGCCACAGCAGUACCUACAGCAGACACAAACAAGCAUCAUCAACCAACAGCAACAAGAUGAUGGUGGUGGCGCCAACAAAAGCACAAAGAGCAAGAAGCGACCAUCUAAGCCCAAGGUACCCAAGCCACCCAGGCCACCCAAGGAACCCAAACCCAAGAAGGAGGUGAAGGCCAAGAAGGAUACCAAAGCUAAGGAACCGAAAGAGUUGAAGGCUAAGCGUGUCAGACUGCCUCGUCCGCCCAAGGAAAGCAAGACCCCUCCUACUAAAGAACCACAAAGAAGUGUCCCCCCAAGGAAGUCACGUGCCAAGAAAGCAGUGCAAAGCACAGCCCCUGAUGGUAGUGCCUUACCUGUGGACACUGGCACUGGUGCUCCACCAGCAGCUUUGAUGGAUCCAGCUGUAGCACCACCAGGAACACCACUUGAUCCAACUAAGGUUAACCCAGCUACUGGUUUACCAAUCAAUGCUUCUGUUGCUCCUGGCAUUCCUGUUACUGUUGCUAAUGCCAAGCCCAAGAUUGAAAAGAAGCCCAAAGUGAAAAGUUCAACUCCUGUCAAAAGAAAACCUUCAGCCAAGUUAACAUUGAACUUCAAGCGGAAGAGGAAACGACGUGGAUCCGAGUCGGAUUUUUCAGAGGGAGAACAAGGGGGAGGAAAUACAAUUCCGAGGGAAGAUGACGAAGCCAACAAGAGGAGAUCUGGACGUAAUACUUCAAGAAAGAAAUAUGUGGAUGAGCUGGACUUGAACUUAUCAGAUGAUGAUAACCUACUUAUAAAAAAUUCUUCAGGCAACCCUGGUUUGGGUGGCAGUGGAGGUGGUGAUCCACAGAGCGCUGCUGACUUGGCAGCUGCUUACACUGGACAGAGUCAGCCAGAGGAAGGAGAGAGCAACUUGGUGAAACCUAAUUUUGUUUAUGUGGACCCGAACAGUGAAGACACAAUGGUGGUACAGUGCAUAUUAGGUAUGAGAAUGGGACAGAGAGAAGUUGAAAGUGACACAGAGGAUGAGAAGGAAGAGAAAGAAAAAGUUGAAGGUGAAGAAGGUGAUAACCAGGAAAAACCAAAGGCAGCAACCAAAAAAAUAGACGUGGAAGAAUUCUACGUCAAAUACCGUUCUUUUUCUUACCUCCACUGUGAAUGGCGGACAGAGGAGGAGCUCAUGAAAGGGGACAAAAGGAUCAAUGGAAAAGUGAAGCGCUACAAACAGAAGAAAGCUACAAUUCAUAAUGUGAUGGAAUUUUUGGAAGAAGAAAUGUACAAUCCAGAUUACACAGAAGUGGACCGCAUUUUGGACAUGACAUACACAACGGAUCCCUCAACUGGGAAAGAAAUAAAACACUACUUGGUGAAGUGGAAGGCCCUAGCCUAUGAAGACUCCACCUGGGAAAUGGAGGAUGAUGUUGAUACUCUGAAGAUUCAAGCCUACCUCGCAUACAAGGACCCUCCACCCAAGUCAGAGUGGAAGCCAAAGAAACGUCCCAAGCCUAAUGAAUGGAAAAAACUAGACGGAUCACCAGAGUACAAGAACAACAACACCCUUCGUGAAUAUCAGCUAGAAGGACUCAACUGGUUAAAUUUCUCAUAUUACAAUUCACGUAACUGCAUCCUGGCAGAUGAGAUGGGGUUAGGGAAGACCAUCCAGUCACUGACAUUUGUGGAUACUUGCCAUAAGUAUGGCAUCCGUGGACCGUACCUGAUUAUUGCACCUCUUUCCACUAUCCCUAACUGGCAGCGAGAAUUUGAAGGUUGGACAGACCUCAACAUCAUCGUUUACCAUGGAUCACAAAGUAGCCGUAACAUGAUUCUUGAGUACGAGAUGUACUAUAAAGAUGAGAAGGGCCAGCGUAUUCCCAACGUAUACAAGUUCAAUGUACUUAUCACCACAUUUGAAGUGAUCAUCUCAGAUUGUCUGGAUCUGAAGGAGAUCCACUGGCGGUGUUGCAUCAUUGAUGAGGCUCACAGACUCAAGAAUAGGAACUGUAAGCUGCUCGAGGGGCUGAGGUUAAUGUACAUGGAUCAUCGGGUGUUACUGUCUGGAACGCCCCUACAAAAUAAUGUCACAGAGUUGUUCUCUCUUCUCAACUUCUUGGAACCCACACAGUUUUCUUCUCAGGAGUCAUUCCUACAAGAGUUUGGGAAUUUACAAACUGAAGAUCAAGUCAACAAAUUACAGGCACUCUUGAAACCCAUGAUGUUGAGAAGAAUGAAGGAGGAUGUGGAGAAGAGUCUGGCACCCAAAGAGGAAACUAUAAUUGAGGUUGAACUGACAAAUAUUCAGAAGAAGUAUUACAGAGCAAUCUUGGAGCGGAAUUUUGAUUUCCUUGUGAAGGGAGCAACGUAUGCCAACGUGCCUAGCCUGAUGAACACCAUGAUGGAAUUGCGCAAGUGUUGCCUCCACCCCUACUUGCUUAAUGGUGCUGAGGACGCUAUCCAGCAGGACUACCGAGACUCCAACCCAUCCAACAACUCGGAGACAGAAACUUACUACAAUUCACUAAUACAAUCGUCGGGGAAAAUGGUUUUGGUUGACAAGCUGUUGCCAAAGCUACGGGACAAUGGUCACAGAGUACUUAUAUUCUCACAGAUGGUGAAGCUCUUAGAUAUCCUAGAAGACUACCUCAUAUAUAGAAAGUACCCUUAUGAAAGAUUAGAUGGAAGGAUUCGUGGUAACAUGCGUCAAGCAGCCAUCGAUCGUUUCUGCAAGCCAGAUUCUGAUCGCUUUGUUUUUCUUUUAUGUACUAAAGCAGGCGGCCUAGGUAUCAAUCUGACAGCAGCAGAUACAGUUAUAAUUUAUGACAGUGACUGGAACCCCCAGAAUGACCUGCAGGCUCAGGCACGCUGUCACCGUAUUGGCCAGUCAAAGAGUGUCAAGAUUUACCGCCUCGUCUGCAGAAACACAUAUGAAAGAGAAAUGUUUGACAAAGCCUCAAAGAAGCUGGGAUUAGAUAAAGCGGUAUUACAGUCCAUGAACAAUGACCAAGGCAAGAAUGGUGCAGCUGGAGGAAACUCAUUAGGUCUCUCUAAAGCAGACAUUGAAGAGCUGUUAAAGAAAGGUGCAUAUGGAGCACUCAUGGAUGAGGAUGGGGAUGGAGGAGAGGACUUCUGUGAAGAAGACAUCAAUCAAAUUUUAUCCCGAAGAACGACAGUCAUUCAGCACGAGAGUGAAAAGGGUUCUUCAUUUUCUAAAGCUUCUUUUUCUGCAUCAAACAACCGGUUAGAUAUUGAGAUAGAUGAUCCCGACUUUUGGAAAAAGUGGGCAAAACGAGCAGAAAUUGAUACAGAAGUAGCGGACAAGCUGCAUAAGAAAACCUUGAUAGUGGAAGAACCGAGAAGAAGGUCACAGAUACGUCGAUAUGGCCAUGACGAAUCGGUGUUGGAUUGUAGUGAUCUAGAAUCUUCUGCAAGUGACUCGGGUCAAGAAAAGGAUUUGGAACCAGAAAUGAUUCCCGAGACAAAUAGUCGGUCUCGGGGUCGUGGACGUGGCAGAGGUCGUAACAGAGGCCGGGGAGGAAGAGGUGGACGCACGACGAGAGCGUCUAGAUGGAUGGUUGAGGAAGAGGCACUUGAUCCAGAUAAUGUGAAGUAUGGCCACUGGUUACGUUCAGAAUGCUUCAAGGUGGAGAAGGGCCUCUUAGUCUAUGGGUGGGGUCGUUGGAAAGAGAUCUUAGCCCACGGAGACUUCCGUCCAGCUUGGAAAGAAACUGAUGUCCAGGACUGUGCUCGUAUGAUACUUCUCUUCUGUAUUCGCUUUUAUCGUGGAGAUGACAAAAUCAAAGGGUUUAUAUUUGAUCUAAUUGCCCCCACAUGUGAUGGAAAAACCCGUAUUCACCAUAACCACAUUGGCCUCUCUGCACCUGUGCCUCGUGGUCGGAAGGGUAAGAAAAAGAUAAGAGAAGCCAAGCUUGUUGCCUCUCAUAUGGAAGGAGCAGAUUGGGCUAAAGACGCAAAAUAUGACACAGAAGUUUACUUAGAUCAGGGCUAUUCUAGACACCUUACCCGACACUCCAAUAAGGUGCUAUUAAGAGUGCGACUUCUCUUUUACAUCAAACAAGAGAUCAUUGGUGAUCAUUACAUGCAGAUUGAUGAAGGCUGCAAAGCAACAGAGUUGAGCAUCACCCCACCCACAACAGAAUUACCGCCAAAACCGUGGUGGGACUUUGAGGCUGAUCGUUCUCUUCUGGUGGGUGUAUUUAAACAUGGCUAUGAGCGAUAUAAUGUAAUGAGAAAUGACCCCGCACUGUGUUUCCUUGGGCGCUGUGGACCACCUGACAAAGCUGCACUCAUGGCGGAGAUGAACACGACCAUAAAUGAGGAUGAUAUGGACAAAGAUGAUAAAGAGGAUGAUAAAGAUGAUGAAGACUCCAACCAAACUCCUCUACCAUCAAGCCCAGCAGUGUCCACCUCAACAUCAAAGUCUGAUGACGAUAAAUGUGAUGAGAAAGAUGAAAAAUCAGGUACAGAUAAAAAACUACAGCAUUUUCCAACUACGUCUGAUAUAAAUGGUCGACUGAGGAGGCUGGUAACAUCUUAUCAACGAAAUAACAGGAAAAAUGACUUGCGGCAUGAGGCUAAAGUUAGGGGUUAUGACCAUUACUUGGCAGACAAACUAAUGAGAAGGGAACGCAUGGCCGAGUACAUCCGUGAGCGCGAGUUGCGCAAGACUGACUAUAACCAACGUCGCUGGUCCAAUAGAGAACAAGCCGAGUUUUAUCGCACCAUUUCAACCUUUGGUGUUGAAUACAUUCGGAAAGAGAAAAGAUAUGAUUGGUCUAAGUUUCGCACACUCUCGCGGCUAGAGAAGAAAUAUGAUGAAACCUUAACAGAAUAUUUUCGAGCCUUCAUGGCCAUGUGCAAGAGACAGUGUGGUAUCCGUUUAUCCGAAGAAGAAAAUGAAAAAAUGCUGGAGAUUGGGGUAGACAGACUCCCUGAAGAAAGAGCACGUCGAGUAUUAGAGCGUGUAGAUCUCCUAAAUCGUCUUCGGAAUGAUAUAAUACCAAACCCAGGCCUGAAGGAGGCCUUAGAGCUAGCACUACCCUCCAAAGAUAUGCCUGACUGGUGGAUACCUGGCAAGCAUGACCAUGAUCUACUGAAGGGUGUUGGCAGACAUGGAUUGGGCCGCACAGAUUAUUACAUCCUUUAUGAUCCUGAGCUAAACUUUCGGGAUAUAAUUCGCCGCCACACUGCAGGAGAACCGCUCAUUACUGAAAGUGAGAAACUGGCGCUGAAGAAGAAAUACUAUGAGAAAGACAAGAGUGAGAAUGUAAAGGAAGAUAAGAAAGAGGAACAAAAAGGGGAAGAGAAAGAAGGGAAGAAAGGUAAAGGUGAGGAGAAGGAAGAACGUAAAGGAAAGGUUGAUGAGGAGGAGGAGGAAGAGGAAGAAGAGGUGGAGCAAGAAGAAGAAGAAGAAGAUGAUACAGAACCAAAGGAGGAAGAAGAGGAGGAGGAAGAAGAAGUAGAAGACAGUGGUGAUAUGAUUCUCCUAAAUGAGGAUGAUGACAAAGGUGAUGAGCAAAUUGAAGAUAAACCUGAGGAGGAGAUGGAAGUGGAAGAACCUAUCACUACAAAAGAAAAUGAGGAGGAUGAAGAGGAGGAAGACCGGGAAAUGGAAGAGGAGGAGGAGGAAAAACCCAAGGUGGAAGAAAGUUGUUGUAUAGAGGACACCAAAGACACAGACAAAAAAAUCAAAGUGGAAGUAAAGGAGGAAGUGAAAGAAGAAAUCAAGGAGGAGAAUAUAAAAACUGAAGAAGAUAGUAGUAAAGAGAUCAAGAUUGAAGAGGAGGAGGUUGCUGAUGGGCAACAGGGUGAUGAAAAACUGGAUAAUAAUGAUGAGGAUGAUAAUGAUGUUGAAGAGGCGGAAACGAUGAAUGUUGAAGAAACAGACAAUUGUGAGGAACAAGAAAGGAAAUCUGAAGAUGAAAAGCCACCAGUUGGUGAAGGAACAAUUAAAGAAGAAGAAAAGGAAGAUGAUGAAGAGAAGAAGGAAAUAGUAGAUGCGCAUAUCAAGCUGGAAGUGAAAGAGGAGGUAAAAGAGGAACCUAAAGAUACGAACGAGGUUGAUGUGAAGGAAGAAGACAUAGACACACAAGUUAGUAUAGAAGACAAUGGUAAAGAUGAUACCCCUGAAGGAAAAGAAAGUAAUGAUGCUACCAAAGAUGAGGAGGAUAGAGAAAGUCUUUCAGGAAAGAAAUGUAUAGAUGAGUCAAAAGACACGAGCAAAGAGAGGAAAGAGGAACUGAAAAACAGUAAAUCAGAAAAGUUGGAAGAGAAAAAGGAAAGUCAAAGUGAAAAGAAGGAAGAAGGAAAAUGUGGCUCAGCCCUUUUGAGCUUGCAACAGAUGGAUGAAGCUAUGGCAAAGUGUGGCAACAGUUUGACAUAUGAUAACUUGGUGUCUAGUGAGCCUACCGUCGCACAGCUGCUUGCUCAGUCAGCAGCAAAUCCUAUUAAAUGGCCUAAGGACCGAAUGCUACAGACUAGAAUUGAACAUCUCAUGUAUGCUGUGGAGCACAAAAAGUGGCCAGUUGGCAUAGAUUUUCAAAGUAGUGAACAAGAAAGCAAAUCAAGUUCCCUCCCUCAAGUUACCAGCAGUGCCUCAUCAUCACACACAUCAAACACAUCAGACUCACUGGACUCUGAGCGUAGGAAACGACGCCAGUUGGAGGCAGCAGAGGUCGAGCGACAGCGACUGCAGGCUAUGUUGCAUCCUAACCUUCAGCACACAUUGGGACUGAAUAAGAAUUCUUCUAAUGCUGCUGCUGCUGCCGCUGCUGCUGUUGCUCUGGGUCUCCCUCCAAGCUUCUCAAGUGCCAGUCUCAGGUCACUUAUGGAAUCAACAGAUGAAAGGAGUAAAAAGGCUCAGCAGCAGCUCUCCGCAGAUUCACACGCAUUGCGGCAGCUUCAGGCUCUGCAGGGAACGCUAGACUUAACUAUUAAACCUGUUAAUCCAGGUCACAACACCAUGGAUAUGGCAACUGCUAGUCUCUUGUCUCGUCGCGGCCCUGGUCGGCCAAGGCUAGAUGAUCCAAUGAGAUCGAUAGAGAAGAGACGUCUCAGUGAAUCCCCUAUAGAUUCUAGAACUCAGGAAAAGAAACGCAGAAAACUUGACGAGAUCGUAUUAGGACUUACUUCUAAGGGUAAGAGUCCUGAAAUGCAUUCUUCAUCUCCUAAGGACACCAGCCCACUGUCCCUUCUUCGUGGAUCAUCUGUAACUUUAUUAAGUUCUCGCGACAAAAGUCAGGUAACUAAUGCUGUGACGACACCCAAACUAUCAUCUAGUAUUAGCAUCACACCAACUGUAUCUAAGCGACCUCUUGAUACACGGGUGAACGAAAGUGGAGCUUCAAGUAAAACUAUCACCACCUCCAGUGACAAAGAUGGCAAACCUGGUUUAGUAAAACAAUCGGAUUUGCCUCCUGGUGUUACGUUACCGCCAGGAAUUGAGCUCUACCGACCAGCUGAUGCAAAAGUGGAUAAGUGGUUGGAACAGCACCAAGGACUCCUGGCAGACUCUUCAAGGCCUUCUAAAGACGUGAAGAGACGGAAGAUUGACUUUGCAUCAAUGGAUUGGAGUCAGUUUUCUGGUGACGAACAUGUCAGUGUUAUUAACACCACCACUGGACAAAGGAUAAGUGGACAAGAGGCUCCUAAACUUAAGUACCUCGCCCAGUGGCUUAUGGAGCAUCCUAACUACGAUGUGGAUCCUCAGUGGGCCGAUGUGAUAAAGGAGCGUAGCAGUAGUGCAGGAUUUCUAUCUGAGCUUCAGAAAAAAUUAGUGGGUGCAGAAAAGAAGCACAUGUCAAGCCGCGCUUCCAUCAUUUCCUCAGUGUCCAACUUCCUACAUGGCAGUACAUCUUCCAGCAGCACCACUACAUCCCCUCUAUCCCUGGCCUCUGGCUCCAACACCACCACCACAUCUACCUCGGCUGCUGGAGGAAGCACUUGCGCUUUCCUUCCCUCAUACCAUUCCUCCAAGGGAUUGCCAUUUGAUACCAAGAGUUUUCUGCAGGGUCUGGACCCAAAGAACCACCUUACUGCAGCACUUGCAGGAUUAGACCCAAAACUCCUGGGACUUGAUCCUAAACUUCUAGGAAGCCUCGAUCCAAAGGCUCUUGGUCUAGACCCAAAGCUGCUACCUCCGUUAGACCCAAAAUUACUAGCAGCUAUGGGCCUAGACCCAAAACUCUUGGGACUAGACACAAAGCAUUACGAAAGUAAACGCCAUGAAAAAGAGAGUAAAGCAUCAUCAUCCUCCUCACGAGGCUCAGACAGCAAGUCCUUGCUUCAUAAUAUUGAUCCCAAAUUGCUAGGUUUUGAUCCAAAAUUAUUUGCAGGAUUAGAUACCAAAACAUUAGCUUCACUUGAUCCAAAGUUGCUUGCAAAUUUAACUGGUUUGGACCCUAAGGCAUUGGCAGGUCUUGACCCUAAAGCUCUGGCAGGACUGGAUCCCAAGCUAUUGGCCAGUCUUGAUCCCAAAGCUCUAGCUGGAUUUGAUCCAAAAGCCAUGGCAGGUCUAGAUUCCAAGUUAUUAUCUGGUCUUGAUCCUAAACUAUUAACUGGUAUUGAUCCCAAAUUGUUAGCUGGUUUAGACCCAAAGUUAUUAGGGGGAUUAGAUCCCAAAUUACUAGGUGGCUUAGACCCCAAAUUACUAGGUGGUCUUGACCCCAAAUUACUAGGUGGUCUUGACCCUAAAUUACUAGGUGGUCUUGACCCCAAAUUAUUAGGUGGUCUUGACCCUAAAUUACUAGGUGGUCUUGACCCUAAAUUAUUGGCAGGACUAGAUCCAAAGAUGUUGUGUCCUGACCCCAAGAUGCUUGGUCUAGAUCCCAAAAUGUUUGGAGGUAUGGACCCCAAAUUAUUAGCAAGCCUGGAUCCGAAGCUUCUUGGAGGAUUAGAUCCCAAGGCUCUUUGUGGCCUUGAUUCCAAGCUGUUGGCAACUAUGGGUAUGGAUCCAAACAUGAUGAUGAUGGCAGGCUUUGGUGGCUUACCAGGUAUGGCUGGACUAGGAAUGGCUAAUCCUCUUCUAGGGGGACUGGCUGGAUUUGGUAUACCUGGCUUGACAAACCUGAAUGACUAUCCUUCAACCUCUAAGAGCAAAGACCAUAGAAAUGCGGCUGCCAGUUCUGCAGCUAGUUUAUCUUUCCCAGGAAUGUUCCCUGGGGCAAGUACAGCUGGGCUGAUGUACCCACCACUAGGCCUGGGUGGUUUAGGUUCCUUCCAAUUACCCUCCAUGUCUUCAGCAUCUAGUGUUCUCCUUAAUGGCCUUCCUGCAAGCAUAAUGUCCAUGGCUGGUACCUCACGUCACACCAGCCAAGCUUCUACCAUAAUGAGCAGUAGUAGCAAGUGGAAACAGGAAAACCGGCGGUCCCGUGAAGCAAGGGAUGAACACCGAAGAGGAUUAGAUCGGCCAGAUCUUAGUGAUGAGAUAGAACGAGGUUUGAGUGCACGCAAAGAAAAAAUAAAGGAACAGGCUGGACUUUCUAAAGAGGAACGUUACCUUCUAAAGCAGAUGAAAGCAGAGCGGUUGGCUCGGGAAAUUGAAGCUCGGGGAGGGCAUGACCCCUAUGCGGCUCACUUAGAUUUGUCACACUGGAGUCAAGAAAGUCAUCGCAGUGAGAGAACACAAGAUACUCCAGAAAACUUGAGUCGUGAAUCUGAACCUGCCAAACAUGUACAAGGAGUGGAUGCUCAAAAUUUGAGCACAAAGGAAGUUGAAAAUGGUGAAAAAAGCGGCACAAACUCUGAGGUGGAGGAUGAGGAUGAGAAGUCUUAGUGCAGUGGUAUUACCUCUUACAGUGCAUAUUUGUAAGUAGUAAUUUAACCAACCUUGAAAGUAUCAAUUAUAUACUUUAAGUGUAAACUCGAGACGAUAUUUUAGUUAAACGGGAUGAAUGAGUAUUCCAUGUAUGCAAUUUGUCUGAAUGCGAGAUAUACCACAACCCCCCACCCCCACCCCCAGUUUUCCAUGCUACUGCUCUUCAUAUAUCCACACAUCAAAUAUUCACUUUGACAUUUAACUGUGAUACUGACCUCAUUAUUUAUUCCAUAUUUUGUGCGAAAAUAUUAUAUCAGCUGUCUGACGGGAACACAUUUUCCAUAUACUGUACUCUUUAAAAGGCAAAGUUUAAAGAAGUGUGAAAGCAUCUUAUCUUUUCCAUUAAUAGUGUAUGCCAGUUGUUACAUUGAACCUGCAUUAUUGCAGACGAAAAGACGAGUGAAUUUCAUUGCCUGGUAUUAAUGAACACAAAUAUUAGUGAUGUAUUAAUUUGGAUCUGAAUUGUUCCAAGCUGUUGUGAGAGAGGCAAAUCCUCGGUUUCUCGUGUAUCUGGUCAGGCAUGUGUAAGCAUUCUAGAAGCUGCUUUAUAUUGUAUAAUUGCAAUUUCACACAUUGAACCUCUCAAAAGUGCUUUAGGAGUCAAGUACAAGAGUGUAGAGAUCUUUCCUUUGAUUAAAAAGUGUUAGAUCUUAAACUGGAAUCCCAUGUCUGUGUAUAUAUUAUUAUUAAGACUGAAUAUAAUUGUAAGCAAACUUUUGUAAAGCUAAAUGUAAACUAAAGUUCACUAAUAUUAAAGGGAACUUGGUGAGA